CGGGGUAUGAAAUGAAACAGGUUGGUCUGUGGUCAGUCGACGGCAUUGCGUUGCCCAGUACGCGUGUGUUACAAUAGAGAAACUUGAUCAGCAAAACCCAAGAACAAAAUGAAGACCCUGCUAAUAGUGUGUUUAAUAGCUCUUUCGUACGGCGUGCUCGCUAAGAACAAGAAGGCUGAUGACAACAAAGUUAAAAUAGCCGUGUACUAUGAAUCGUUAUGCCCGGACAGCAAGAAGUUCAUAACUACACAACUCGCUCCAGUGUGGCGUGACUUCAGAGGUCUAGUUAAAGUCAAAAUGGUGCCUUACGGAAAGAGCACGCAUGACAAAAUCAAUGGAAACUGGUCUUUCAUUUGUCAUCACGGCCCCGACGAGUGUUACGGCAAUAAGAUCCAAGCGUGCGUGCUGAAGGACCGCAGCCUUCUCGACACGGAAAAGAUGGAGAUCGUCAUCUGCCUCAUGGGCCAGGCCAGUCCUGACAAAUCUAUUGAUACCUGUCUCAACGUUGUCAACAAAGCAUCAGAGUCAUCCAAAUUGAAAAGGUGCGCGUCCGGCGAGCAGGGAGACAACCUCCUCGCCUCUUACGGAGACAAAACCGAUAGCGUCAUGAGACCACUAGGAUUUGUACCGACCAUCAUUAUCAAUGAGAAAUUCAACCAGUCAAUUCAAGACGAAGCUUUUAAUAAUCUCAAAGAAGUCGUCUGCCGCGUCUCGCCGAGCAAACCUUCAGUUUGUUAGACUGCAUCAUCGAUUUUCUACGUAUACUAAAUAUUAUAAUGCACAAAUUGUAAGAUAUCACUACUUUUUGUUACAAAAGGCACGAAUCCUGUAGGCACAAUACGUAAUAAAUCUAUGGGUAUAUUAAAGUAACAAUAUGUCUAUUACUGAUAUUACAGUCAUUUUAUAAAAUAUUGAUAAUUUAUUAUCUUCAAUAAUAUUAUAAUACACAUAUUCAGUUUGAUAAAAAUUCAGGUAAUUUUAAUUAACGUAAUAUAUAGAACUUUAAUUGUGAAAUACAGGUAUUCUAUUUUCAAGUGCCUAAAAUAUUACGAAUGUUGUUUUAAUUUUUUAUGAUAUAUACAUAAAACUACCGUCACACUAGAUAAACAAUGUCCGAUUCAUUGCUUUCUUAAAGUGCCUUCCGUAAUCCUUAAUAUAAUAUACCUAAUAGUAUGGACGUUAACCGUGUGUAGUGCGGCUAGAGCCUGAUGUGAAGGGAUCUAGCCAAUCAUUUUUUAAGUACAAUAAUAAUUGUCAUACUCAAGUUACGUAAGAAAUCAAGGAGUCUCUAUUAAAUUAAGUUUUAAACGACUAUUUUAUAAUGUUUUAAUAAAUUAAGUACUUAUUAAA